UGCACAAAAAGCGAUGGAGACAGCGAGAAGCUUUGGUAGCACUCAAUCAGAACUUUUUGAACACGCCGACACAAAACCUGUGGAUGAAGGACAAACUCUUAUUAUCACUGUUUCCUCGGAUCGUGGUCUAUGUGGCGGUAUUCACAGCAGUGUCGCCAAAGCAUCGCGUAAAUAUAUCGAAGAGAAACCGGAUAGUGGAGUAAUCGUACUCGGCGAUAAAGCUAAAGGCCAAAUAUCGCGUACUCAUCGUGAAAAUAUAAAGUUAUCAUUCAAUCAAAUUGGGAAAGGUAUACCGACCUAUGCGGAAGCAUCAGCCAUUGCCGAUACAAUUAUCAAAGAGAAAGUUCAAUUCGAUCAAGCGACUAUCAUUUACAACUAUUUCAAGUCGGUGAUCGCGUAUGAGGCGCGGACGAUUCCGGCUUUCUCAGAAGAGGUUUUUGUAAAGUCUGGCAAUUUUGCUGCGUACGAAAUUCAAGAUGAUGUUUUAGUAAAUCUUCAAGAAUUUGCAUUCGCAAAUUCUCUUUAUUGGGGAUUAGUCGAAGGUCACGCAGCAGAAAUGGCAUCGAAACGUAGUGCAAUGGAGAAUGCGACAAAAAAUGCUGGCGAAAUGAUUGAUAAACUCACGCUUACUUAUAAUC